UGUUCAUGGGAAAUUCCAAGCGUGGGAGGUGGCUACGGCGACAAGACACGGUCAUCAAGAAGAUUACAAUUUUGUCAAAGAUCUCUGCAGCUUUUUCUGUCGGGCUGUGUAUGAAGUCUGAAGAGUCUCCCGAGUGCCAGUCUUCUGUCACUCACACUGUAUACGUGGAGAAACAUCAACAUGUUGGCUUGAACCUCACAUGGGGGCUUUGCAAAACAGGCUCUUGUUUCCAGGUGAAGAGACUGGAUGUGAAAUACGGUGCAACAGUCAUUCACUGUCUCCUGCACUGCAAUCAGUCAUCGGCCUAUUCAGAAGUGACCUGGAUUAUCGUGACAACUGGUGUUUGUCUCACUGUUGUCAUAAUAGUCACUCUGGUGCUGCACAUCCUGUUAACUGUAUAUCAGAGGAGGAAACAGAAGCAGCAUAGAUGGAACUCUGAUAAGCAAACAGAUUCUGCGCUCAACUUUGUAGUUCCUGCGUUAGAACCUGUUCUCGACAAACAGACCUUCAUACCCGAUUCGCCGCAAUGUGGGAACUUUGAGAGGGCCAUUCUUACUCUGACUGAGGCAAUGCAAUUUUUUAAUGUUAGGACUGUUGCUGUGGUGCUGAUGAUGGGGAGGAUGCUGAGGAAGAGGAGGAGGAGGGCACACGGUGAGGCAGAGUGA